AUGUCCGGUAUCCCCUUCUUUGGAGCCUUAUUCGGAUCAUCAGCCUCCAAGUCCUCCGACAUGUCGUACCCCGACAAGCGCACCAAUGACGAGUGGCGAGCUGUGUUGAACAAAGAGCAGUUCCGCAUCCUGCGCGAAAAGGGCACCGAGCGCCCCGGCACCGGCAAAUACGACAAGCACAGCCCGGACUCUGGCAUCUACACGUGCGCCGGCUGCGACGCGCCGCUGUACCGCGCCAACCACAAGUUCCAGUCCGGCUGUGGCUGGCCGGCCUACUACGACAGCAUCCCCGGCGCCGUGACGCGCCACGAGGACCGCACCCUCGGCAUGCUACGCACCGAAAUUGUCUGCUCCAACUGCGGCGGCCACCUCGGCCACGUAUUCAAGGGGGAGGGCUACGCGACCCCGACGGACGAGCGCCACUGUGUCAACAGCAUCAGCCUCAGCUUUACCGAGGAUGAAGGCAAGGCCAAAGAGAGCAAGGCGUAG